UCGCGAAUCGUACCAGCGCUUUCGAAACACUUCUCAAGGAAUUAUUUCGAUUGCGCCACGACAAGGAAGCGAAUGUGCAAGUGCUGCGAUAAGCACCACCUUGCACAUUCCGCAUUUAGGACCUCAAUUCCAAACGCAUCGAACCAUCACCAAAUAUGGUAAUGUUCUUGUCGCCAGGCACCCCUUCCGACAAGCCUAAAACAAUACUAUAAAAGAGCGGAGAGACCGCUCGCGUCAGGCUUAACAUCUCGGUCUCUCGCCGCGACAUAGGCGUCAUACGAGACUUAUGCGCGGUUCGCACAUCAAUCAUAAGUACGGGAGUUGUAAUUAAAACUCAUACAAGUGUACAAAUUAAAUAAACCUUUUUUAUAUUUAACACUACAAGAAGUAGUCAAAACCUCUACUACAUUUUAUCCACCGCCACACACCCUGCCGCGCCCGCAUCACCGAUCUCGAACUCUUUUCGUGUCCUGGCAACACGGGCACGACAAAUGCGUGUGAAAUAUGCUACGCAAGUAUUAAAUGGGACAGUUGCGAGUUGUAUCGAGAUGCUAACAAGACAUAAAUGUGUUGUGGAUUUAAAAGAUUCUACACAGAUGAAGAUAGAUGCAGAAGAAGGAAUUGCCACAUCAGAGAUAGUACUUUUUUUUAAUGACUUGUUUGAUUCUGUGAACAGUAGUGGUGUAAGUGAAAAUAAGUUACGUUCUCCAGUGACAGAAGAUAGUGCUCAUCACGCAUUUUGGACGGAUGCCAAACAUGAACUGCGAAACAACGGGUUUCAGAAACUUUGGAAAAUAUUAAAUUUAAAACACGGUUUUACAUUUUUAAGAACGCGAUAUUGUGAUCAGGAUGCAAUUGAAAAUUUUUUUGGACAAAUUAGAAGUCAUGCCAUUUGUAAUAAUAAUCCAACAUCUCGACAAUUUCAAGAUUCAUUCAUCACUUUACUAAUGAGCAACAUGAAAUCUGUGUCGAUAAUUGGCGGUAACUGCGAAACUUCUGAAGACCCUUUCAUGUUAUUUAUUUUAGAAAAGUGUUUGGAGGAAGAUCUUGCAAAUGAAGAGAUGUAUAACAUUUGUCGCAACAAUGAUGAUGAUGACGACGAACAGCAUGAAAUGUUUAGUGAUAAAAUUGCUCCGAAGCAAUCCAGUGUAGCAUUUUUAGAUGAAAAGUUAAAUGAAAUUAUUGUCGCUACCCUUAUAGAAAUAUCAUACUAAGAAUCAUUGAUAAUUACUUAUUAUCCAGUAUUUUUAAUACUGAAAAUAAGUAAUUAUCAAUGAUUCUUAGUAUGAUAUUUCUAUAGGGGUAUAACAAAAGAUCUAAACUUUUGCGAAGAAUGUAAUGUAAAUUUAAAAAGUAAUGAAUUUCCAAUUUUUGCAAGGCAAAUAGUUCGUAGAGUUAGUAAAUUGUUAGAGACGCGAUCUCAUUGGCGUGAUAUUCUUAAGGUAUUAGGUCAUUUCGAUAAUUGGAUUAUUAAUAUAGAUUAGCAUGAAUGCAUGGAGCAUCCUAAUAAGCAUAAUAAUAUUUUCAAAGUAGUAUUGCGCAUAAUUUGUAGAAAAAUAUUAACAUGGUGGUGUAUAAAAAAGAAUAGUUUGAUUAAUUGUGUGAGCGAGGACAUAACAGAUGAAUUACUUUGUAUCGACAUUAUUAAAAUUAAAAAACAGCGCGAAGCAUUUAAACUUGAUAAACGUAAAAGAAAAGAAAUGUUAAGUGAAUAUAGAUACAAAAAACAAAAAAAAGUGAAAAUUAUUGUAAUUUAAUAAACAUGUAAUAAAAUAAACAUUUUAAUAUUUAUGUAAUGAUAAAAAUUAUAUAAGUACGAAAUAUGUGUGUGAGUCUGUAUUUCUGUAUUGUAUACAUUAGGCAGGAUUCUCCUACUUCGACACAUUUCCUGAAGAAGUCACAUCUUCUUCAUGGGAAGAUGUGCCUUUAGGUUGAUUGUGCCGGAGGAAAGGUAUGAUCGCGAUUAAUUUAUAAUGGCAUGCAUUUUCUUGGAAUAACCGCAACACAUGUAUUAGGAAUACUUAAUCAUACCUGAGGAGAACUUUAGGGGAGUGUCAUAGACAUCUACUCCAACCUCCAACUCGAAGAAGUCAUGUUUUCUGUACGGGAAGACGUGCCUUCGAGGACGAGAGGCGAGAUACUUACUCGGUGGAGGAAGGAAGGGACUUUUCUGGAAGGAAAUGUCCUUUCCGAGAUUGUCUCCGAAUGGAUUGAAUGCUUUUUGGUAUGAUGAGUAUGUAUUCAUAAUUUUUUAUUAAUAUAUUAAUGUGUAUGUAACGCAUGUAUUGUGACGUGGCAGCCGUGGAGGCGC